AUGAUAUCAUUAACAAACAAUAACAACAAUAAUAAUAAUAAUAAUAAUAAUAAUAAUAAUAAUAAUAAUAAUAAUAAUAAUAGUAAAUUAAAUGAAAAAUUUAAGAUUGAAAUUGAUGAAAAUAAUUAUAAAUUUAUAGAGAAUAUUAGUAGUGGUGAAAAGUAUUAUAUUCAAAGAACAAUAUGUGAUAUUAAAACACCAUUAGUAAAAGGAUCAAUACCAUCAAGUGUUGUUUGGUUAUCAUUUCAUGAUGGAUUUAGUCAAUUAAUUGAGGCUGGUAUUAUUCCUUAUAGUGUUAAAUAUUUGUAUCUACACGACAUUAAAAAGCCAUUAAAGAUUGGUUCAAUUCCUAUUUCUGUAACUCAUUUGCAUGUUUGUGAUGGAUUUUCCCAAUCAUUAGAACCAGGUAUUAUUCCCUCAAAAGUCAGUUCUUUAAACUUAGGGGAUAUCAAACAUUCAUUAGAGAUUGGAUCAAUUCCAAAUACUGUUUUUCAUCUUUGUUUAGAAAAUAGAUUUAAUCAACCAUUAUCAAUAGGUACCAUUUCUUUGAUACCCGAAUGUAUACUAGAGUUAAGUUUAAAUAAUAUUAAAAGUGAAUUAAAGAUUGGUUCAAUUCCUAAAACAGUUAAAACAUUGAUAUUUCUUCAUAGAUUUUCUCAAUCACUAGAACCAGGUAUUAUUCCAAAUGGUGUUAAAUCAUUAAACUUUUGUUAUGAAAUUAAUUUAAAUUUACAAAUUGGGUCAAUUCCUAAUUCAGUUGAAUCCAUUUCAUUUAAUAAUGGUUUUAGCCAAUUACUCUCACCAGGUAUUAUACCAGAAAGUUUGCUGGAUCAAUUCCUAAAUCAGUCACUAAUUUAUUUCUGUAAUGGUUUUGAUCAAUUAAUAACACCAGGUAUAAUUAGUGAUGGAGUGAAAUUCUUAUAUUUAUAUGAUACUAAACAAUCAUUAGAAGUAAAUUCAAUACCAAAUUCUGUAACCUAUCUCAGUAUUUAUGAAGGAUUCAAACAUCAACUAACACCAGGAAUCAUUCCAAAUUCAAUAAAGGAAUUAACAUUAGGAAUAAUGGAUACACCACUAAUUGAAGGAUCAAUACCCAAAAAUAUACCAAAAGUUAUUUUACAAAGUAGUUUUAAUCAAUCAUUAGAUAUUUGUAAAUUAGAUAAAUCUGUAAAAAUUAUUAAAUUAAUUUAG